AUAUCAGCUGAAACACUGCAUCAGUGAGCCAGACAUGCUUACGUUGUGUCAUUGUUGUUUUAUUCACAGUCCGUUCAUUGUCGUGAAUUCCGUAGAAUACAUACAUGAAAUUUACAAAUUUUUUACAAAUAUCAAUUCUUCUAUUAACUUUGACAUUUUUAAAUUAUUUCAUAGUUUAUCAAAAAUGUCCUGCUGUAACUUAUGAUGAUAAAACCGUUAUCCACCAAUUAUCAAAGCAAAAUGUUAAUGAAAAAAUAUUCUUCAUCACACCAACUUAUUCUAGGCCUGUUCAAGAGGCCGAAUUAACACGACUUUCUCAUACUUUAUUGUUAGUCUCCAAUCUUCAUUGGAUUAUUGUUGAAGAUAGUGAUCAAAAAACUUUACUUAUUACGCAAUUUUUGCAAAGAAUAUCCAAGAUGAAAAUCUUUGAAAAUUUUGAAUACACUCAUCUAAAUGUUGAAACACCCAAAUCAUUUAAAACUAGUCGUCGUGAUCCAAAUUGGCUUAAACCUAGAGGUGUUUGGCAACGAAAUGAAGCUCUACGAUGGCUCAGAGAGAACACAACCGAAAAAGGAAUCGUAUAUUUUGGUGACGAUGAUAACACUUAUGAUCUGAGAUUAUUUGAAGAAAUGCGUAAUACUAAAAAAGUUUCAGUUUUUCCCGUUGGAUUAGUUGGUGGUUUAAUGGUGGAAAAACCUUUGAUAGAAAACGGAAAAGUGAUUGGAUUCAAUUCCAUUUGGAAACCUAAACGAAAAUUUCCAAUAGACAUGUCUGGUUUUGCCAUAAAUUCACAACUAAUCCAUGAUAAACAUGAUGCUUAUUUUUCGCCAUAUGUACCUCGUGGUUAUCAAGAAACUCAUCUGCUAACACAAUUGAUACAUUCAAUCAAUGAACUGGAACCUAAAGCUGAUUCCUGUACAAAGAUAUUGGUCUGGCAUACCAGAACAGAAAUGCCAAAAUUGAAGAAAAUUUAAUGUCAUUAUUUAAUGAUUUUAAUUCGAUGUUAUUUACUAUCAUCGGUUAUAAAAAUAACAAAUGAUUAUCAAUUAUCAA